AUGCCCAAAUUUCAGGAACCGGAUGACGAACCACCAAGCGUUCACGAAUAUACCGAAGCCAGCGCAAGCCUGAACACCUCUUCCGAAGGCGAGACAGACCCAGAAGAGUUAGGUAGCUUGGCCGCGAAGGGUGGUGUAGUCCUGUCUGCGCCUCGCAGGGCUGCUUUGAGGAAUGCCAGAGGGAAUCUAUCAAGAAGUUUACCCCGUUCUCGAGACUGUCAUCACGAGGAGCAAGAGACUACACUCAAAAGAGCACUCAGGGAUUUAGAGUCGGCAGAAGAGGUGCGACGGUCCUACCCGCCCCGGUUUUCCACCAUCGGCCCUUCUGAAGUCGCACCUUCCUACAGUCCAGAGUCGCAGAUCUCGAGCGACUUUAUCGAUCUCGAUCGCGGCCAGACAAAUGAGGACAACGAAGAUGACUUUGGUCUCAAAGACAGUGCCUUCUUCUUCGAGUUUGAAUUGGAAGAUUUUUGCGUCUACCAGUCGUCUACGACGUGUUCUGGCGCUAAAGAACGCGAUGGCCUAGAAGGUCGCUACGAGUCUCUGCAUAUCGUCACGUCGUGUCGAGAUGAUACCGACUGGUUCAUCGACGGGACCAUAAAAAGUGCAGAGAAUCGAAGGUCCUUUAUCCGAGGCGCAAUCGUGGAUGUCAGUAUUGGCGCCUUGGAGGAUCAAACACAACACUCUGCCGCUGAGUUUAUUUGGGUCCUGACCACAGAAGGCCAAAAAAGACACUAUUGGUAUAAGUUACGGACACCGUCGAAAGCCUACGAACGGUACUGGUCGAGCUAUCUCUGGUUGGCCGACUUCACAAAAUACUUUAUCGACUUCCUCCAUGUUAACCUGGCUACUGGUGUGUCAGUCUGCCUUAGGGCAUUCGAAUCGAGCUUCUGGACAUGGGUAAAAGAGGUACAUGGGUCCAAGGUUUCGGACUGGCAUAGACAGUGCGGAGAACGGAAGGACUUUCGCCAGUAUGUCCUGUACUAUGCACAGUUCCUGCGCGAACGCGUGUGUCACCUGCAAGAGAAAGGUGAUGGUGAUAACCCAAGACUGUCGCACCCAGUCUGGGACGAAAUCGCUGCAGGCGAAAUCUCGUAUGAUCGGGAAACCAUUUCGUCGAGGGAGAAAACAGUCGUUACCCGCCACGUCGCAUCCUCGUUCCUCAAACCUUUUCCAGGCUGGCGGGAUCAACAUCGGCUGUUGAACGUGGUCGAGAAGUGUGCUGAGGUCGAAGCCUAUGCCGAUGACAAGAGGCGGAAGUGGAAUUUCCCCAACAAGCUUGGAUUCUCCCAGAGGGAUAAUUUCAAGGGCACAGGUCGGCACAAAAUCUCUAUUGCUGCUGGCCUACUUGAAGAAGCAGCCAUCGAAAAUAGCCCUGUUCACGUUCGCGACCCCAGUCUACUUCUCAGAGCUGUCGUUAUUAUUCGAGACCCCCUUACUGAUUGGGACGAGUACAACUUCCGGUAUGCGUGGGUCAGAGCAGUUUCGAAUACGACUCUCUCCGUGGUGUGGCUUGUCCUACCCACAGACACCUUAUGCGGUAAUUCAGAGGACAAGACCUUUUACCCGAUUGGCAACGAACUAUUCUUCAGCGAUGACUGUAACUGCAAACCUAUAUCGGUGAGAAACGUUAUCAAGAUUGUCAAGGCUACACCGUUCAGUGAUCAUGCUCAGGAAGGAUCCCAGCUAUUCAUUCACAGUCUGUAUCGACAAAAUGGAGGAAUUCAUGUCAAGGCUAUCGAGUCGGAGCUGUCUUGCCAUUGUCAGAAGACCCGAGGAGCGAGUGCAAGACGGACCAAAAAGCUAGCUCGCGAACAUCCGGCUGACCCAUCUACAGCCCAUAAGAUGAAGGUGUGCGCUUUGUGUAGCGGAGCUGGUCUUCUCGAUCAUGCAUUUUGCAACGCCGGUCUUGCUGAGACAGUCCUAGCUGUCGAACAUAACGAGAUGGCAGCCCGGAGCCAUAUGGCCAAUAAUCGAUCAGAUCAGUGUGAGUAUCUCAUUGACUCUGUCAACCCAGUACUACAAGAUUAUAUGACCGGGACGAAGCCAUUGCCUUCUCAAAUCCAUUGUAUCAUCGCGGGCUGCCCGUGCCAGGGUUUCAGUGUGCUGAACCACCACAAAGGGGCUAGUAACUAUCAGAGUCAGAAAAACUGUUCUAUCCUCGCGAAUAUGCUGUCAUGGAUUGAGGUAUUCAUGCCGGCAUAUGUUCUGAUUGAGAACGUCGGCAAUAUGGACCGGUUACGGCCGAACUCCUGCCGUCAAGCAAUCUGUCAUCUUGUGGCUCUCGGCUAUCAAGUGCGGAAAUCGUUUCGAGUUGACUGCGAGGUCGGUGGAGUGUCUACGCGCGAGAGGCUCUUCAUAGUUGCCGCAGCACCUGGCGCCACUCUCCCGAACGAAAUCCCUAUUACCCACCACCGGCGAGACCGUCCUGGUAGCGAGUACAAACCUCGCAGCGCCUGGAGCGCGAUCUGCGAUCUCAAGCCCAUCGAUAAUGAUACUGUCCUGAACCAUGAGGACCCGGAUCACAUCCCACUAAAGCGGUUGAAAAUCAACUGGGACAAGGAUGUCAGCUUUCGCAACCUCGUGCCGAAAAUUGACACUUCUCUCAGCGAGGCGUAUUACAGCAGCAAGCUUUCGAGAACAGAGAACAGGUUCUUCCGCGGUCUUAACCCGACCCAGAGAGAGCGGUCGUCCAAGGUCCUGAUGCGGAUUAAGAAAGACGAACCCUUCCGGACGAUUACGACUGGGAUUAACCCCUUUGAGGCUCGAACUGGUGGAGAGGUCGUGCACCCGUCUCAGGACCGCCUGAUCUCGCUACGCGAGACUUGUCGCGCGAUGGGCGUGCCGGACGGAUUCCUUCUCGCGGGGACGAUCGUCCAGAAGCACAAGCAAUUAGGCAACGGCGUGCCCGGGGCUUUGGCCCACGGUUGGGGUGUCGAAUUCGGCAAGGCAUGGCUGGAGACCUUGCAGCAAGGUGCUGGAGGAGAUGAAUCAGGAGCAGAUAAAGCACCAUUUUCCUCUGUCAAAGCGGCCCAGGACACGUGCUAUCCCGAAAAUAUCUCGACGCCCGCAAGCACCAGUACUACGACCAGAGACGGUGCGUUGGAGCAGACAACACGAUCCACGUUUAACUUGGCCUACAGCACAGUCGACACGGUGGCUCGAACUAGGCGAGCACGGCGCGUUAUCGAAGAUAGUGAGAAUGAGGAAGAAGAGCAGGGAGGCUCUCAGCACAUGUCAAGGGUGGACAUCACGAGUCGUUCCUCGCUAAUCACGACCACAGAGAGACCUAGGCUGGGUAGGUCCAGACAAGGCCAGCCUUUCAAGCCGAAUGAGACGAUUGUGAUCUCCAGCGACGAAGAAGAAUAUUGGAGCGCGUUGGACGAUUCGAAGACUUCGCUGUCGCCUCUUCCGCGCAAACAUUGUGUCAAAUCGCCGACGAAACUGCCUUUCGAGCGAACCCCUCGUGAUCAAGAGCCGGGUACGAAACCAGCACGAGCUGCACAACCAUGUCCAGUCCCAGUCCCAGUACCAGAUCCAGCAAGAUCAUCACGCACACAACGUACUUCUGAGUUUAGGAAGAAACGGGAGGCUCCUAUGGGACCUGGCGACGAGAACGACGGCCGAGAGAACUGUGACGACAGCGACCACGUCUACCUGGAAACAAGCCAGGCGAAGAAGGCGAGGGUCUGA